CUUCCAAACCGUCAUCCAGACCAUGACAUCGCUGGGUCGACUGACGGAAGACGAAAAGGACAAGAUCACUGCUUCAUUUGAAACAUCUCCAGGUGACGGCGUCCAGACCAUCAUACGUGUGGUGGGACAGAAAGUAGGCCUAUCUGACACAGACCGACAGAGUCUGGUCACCGUGGUGCAAAACAACAAGGACAGGCUGGGAAGCCAAGACGUGGCCUCAAUUGUGCAAGCCUGGCAAACCUCGCCCCAGCAGGCAAUGUCCACCAUCACCCAGACGGUUGGACGGAAAACCGGACAAACAGUUAGCGUUCACUUUACUGGUUCCACCCAACAGGUCGUCCAACAGCCCCUAUUUCCGCAGCAACAGGUCCAUCAAGCCGAAGUGCAGCAAACAGUACAGCAGGCGCAAUCUGUCCUACAGAGUGUGCAGCUUCAGGGCGUUUUGACACAACCAGAGAGUCAAGCCAUCCAGACGGCGGUACAAGAGUCGUCCUCGGCAGCUUUGACAAAACUUGUGCAGACGGUGGGCGACAAAGCUGGCCAAACGCCCCUUGAUCAGUUGCAGGCAAUACAGACCAUUAAAAAGGUACAAGGUGACCUGACUCGAACUCAGGUCAGCAAGGUGUUGACUGGAUUGCAGCAAAGUCCACAGCAGGCAAUGCAGGUACUACAAACUGUUCUCCAAGAGACCACACAAAAGAAGACACAGGCUACUCAGACUUCCAAAACCGUCAUCCAGACCAUGACAUCGCUGGGUCGACUGACGGAAGACGAAAAGGACAAGAUCACUGAUUCAUUUGAAACAUCUCCAGGUGACGCCGUCCAGACCAUCAUACGUGUGGUGGGACAGAAAGUAGGCCUAUCUGACACAGACCGACAGAGUCUGGUCACCGUGGUGCAAAACAACAAGGACAGGCUGGGAAGCCAAGACGUGGCCUCAAUUGUGCAAGCCUGGCAAACCUCGCCCCAGCAGGCAAUGUCCACCAUCACCCAGACGGUUGGACGGAAAACCGGACAAACAGUUAGCGUUCACUUUACUGGUUCCACCCAACAGGUCGUCCAACAGCCCCUAUUUCCGCAGCAACAGGUCCAUCAAGCCGAAGUGCAGCAAACAGUACAGCAGGCGCAAUCUGUCCUACAGAGUGUGCAGCUUCAGGCAGUUUUGACACAACCAGAGAGUCAAGCCAUCCAGACGGCGGUACAAGAGUCGCCCUCGGCAGCUUUGACAAAACUUGUGCAGACGGUGGGCGACAAAGCUGGCCAAACGCCCCUUGAUCAGUUGCAGGCAAUACAGACCAUUAAAAAGGUACAAGGUGACCUGACUCGAACUCAGGUCAGCAAGGUGUUGACUGGAUUGCAGCAAAGUCCACAGCAGGCAAUGCAGGUACUACAAACUGUUCUCCAAGAGACCACACUAAAGAAGACACAGGCUACUCAGACUUCCAAAACCGUCAUCCAGACCAUGACAUCGCUGGGUCGGCUGACGGAAGACGAAAAGGACAAGAUCACUGAUUCAUUUGAAACAUCUCCAGGUGACGCCGUCCAGACCAUCAUACGUGUGGUGGGACAGAAAGUAGGCCUAUCUGACACAGACCGACAGAGUCUGGUCACCGUGGUGCAAAACAACAAGGACAGGCUGGGAAGCCAAGACGUGGCCUCAAUUGUGCAAGCCUGGCAAACCUCGCCCCAGCAGGCAAUGUCCACCAUCACCCAGACGGUUGGACGGAAAACCGGACAAACAGUUAGCGUUCACUUUACUGGUUCCACCCAACAGGUCGUCCAACAGCCCCUAUUUCCGCAGCAACAGGUCCAUCAAGCCGAAGUGCAGCAAACAGUACAGCAGGCGCAAUCUGUCCUACAGAGUGUGCAGCUUCAGGGCGUUUUGACACAACCAGAGAGUCAAGCCAUCCAGACGGCGGUACAAGAGUCGCCCUCGGCAGCUUUGACAAAACUUGUGCAGACGGUGGGCGACAAAGCUGGCCAAACGCCCCUUGGUCAGUUGCAGGCAAUACAGACCAUCAAAAAGGUUCAAGGUGACCUGACUCGAACUCAGGUCAGCAAGGUGUUGACUGGAUUGCAGCAAAGUCCACAGCAGGCAAUGCAGGUACUUCAAACUGUUCUCCAAGAGACCACACAAAAGAAGACACAGGCUACUCAGACUUCCAAAACCGUCAUCCAGACCAUGACAUCGCUGGGUCGACUGACGGAAGACGAAAAUGACAAGAUCACUGCUUCAUUUGAAACAUCUCCAGGUGACGCCGUCCAGACCAUCAUACGUGUGGUGGGACAGAAAGUAGGCCUAUCUGACACAGACCGACAGAGUCUGGUCACCGUGGUGCAAAACAACAAGGACAGGCUGGGAAGCCAAGACGUGGCCUCAAUUGUGCAAGCCUGGCAAACCUCGCCCCAGCAGGCAAUGUCCACCAUCACCCAGACGGUUGGACGGAAAACUGGACAAACAGUUAGCGUUCACUUUACUGGUUCCACCCAACAGGCCUUGCAACAGCCCCUAUUUCCGCAGCAACAGGUCCAGCAAGCCGAAGUGCAGCAAAUAGUACAGCAGGCGCAAUCUGUCCUACAGAGUGUGCAGCUUCAGGGCGUUUUGACACAACCAGAGAGUCAAGCCAUCCAGACGGCGGUACAAGAGUCGCCCUCGGCAGCUUUGACAAAACUUGUGCAGACGGUGGGCGACAAAGCUGGCCAAACGCCCCUUGAUCAGUUGCAGGCAAUACAGACCAUUAAAAAGGUACAAGGUGACCUGACUCGAACUCAGGUCAGCAAGGUGUUGACUGGAUUGCAGCAAAGUCCACAGCAGGCAAUGCAGGUACUACAAACUGUUCUCCAAGAGACCACACAAAAGAAGACACAGGCUACUCAGACUUCCAAAACCGUCAUCCAGACCAUGACAUCGCUGGGUCGGCUGACGAAAGACGAAAAGGACAAGAUCACUGCUUCAUUUGAAACAUCUCCAGGUGACGCCGUCCAGACCAUCAUACGUGUGGUGGGACAGAAAGUAGGCCUAUCUGACACAGACCGACAGAGUCUGGUCACCGUGGUGCAAAACAACAAGGACAGGCUGGGAAGCCAAGACGUGGCCUCAAUUGUGCAAGCCUGGCAAACCUCGCCCCAGCAGGCAAUGUCCACCAUCACCCAGACGGUUGGACGGAAAACCGGACAAACAGUUAGCGUUCACUUUACUGGUUCCACCCAACAGGUCGUCCAACAGCCACUUUUUCCGCAGCAACAGGUCCAGCAAGCCGAAGUGCAGCAAACAGUACAGCAGGCGCAAUCUGUCCUACAGAGUGUGCAGCUUCAGGGCGUUUUGACACAACCAGAGAGUCAAGCCAUCCAGACGGCGGUACAAGAGUCGCCCUCGGCAGCUUUGACAAAACUUGUGCAGACGGUGGGCGACACAGCUGGCCAAACGCCCCCUGAUCAGUUGCAGGCAAUACAGACCAUUAAAAAGGUACAAGGUGACCUGACUCGAACUCAGGUCAGCAAGGUGUUGACUGGAUUGCAGCAAAGUCCACAGCAGGCAAUGCAGGUACUACAAACUGUUCUCCAAGAGACCACACAAAAGAAGAUACAGGCUACUCAGACUUCCAAAACCGUCAUCCAGACCAUGACAUCGCUGGGUCGGCUGACGGAAGACGAAAAGGACAAGAUCACUGCUUCAUUUGAAACAUCUCCAGGUGACGCCGUCCAGACCAUCAUAGGUGUGGUGGGACAGAAAGUAGGCCUAUCUGACACAGACCGACAGAGUCUGGUCACCGUGGUGCAAAACAACAAGGACAGGCUGGGAAGCCAAGACGUGGCCUCAAUUGUGCAAGCCUGGCAAACCUCGCCACAGCAGGCAAUGUCCACCAUCACCCAGACGGUUGGACGGAAAACCGGACAAACAGUUAGCGUUCACUUUACUGGUUCCACCCAACAGGUCGUCCAACAGCCCCUAUUUCCGCAGCAACAGGUCCAGCAAGCCGAAGUGCAGCAAACAGUACAGCAGGCGCAAUCUGUCCUACAGAGUGUGCAGCUUCAGGGCGUUUUGACACAACCAGAGAGUCAAGCCAUCCAGACGGCGGUACAAGAGUCGCCCUCGGCAGCUUUGACAAAACUUGUGCAGACGGUGGGCGACAAAGCUGGCCAAACGCCCCUUGGUCAGUUGCAGGCAAUACAGACCAUUAAAAAGGUACAAGGUGACCUGACUCGAACUCAGGUCAGCAAGGUGUUGACUGGAUUGCAGCAAAGUCCACAGCAGGCAAUGCAGGUACUACAAACUGUUCUCCAAGAGACCACACAAAAGAAGACACAGGCUACUCAGACUUCCAAAACCGUCAUCCAGACCAUGACAUCGCUGGGUCGGCUGACGGAAGACGAAAAGGACAAGAUCACUGCUUCAUUUGAAACAUCUCCAGGUGACGCCGUCCAGACCAUCAUACGUGUGGUGGGACAGAAAGUAGGCCUAUCUGACACAGACCGACAGAGUCUGGUCACCGUGGUGCAAAACAACAAGGACAGGCUGGGAAGCCAAGACGUGGCGUCAAUUGUGCAAGCCUGGCAAACCUCGUCCCAGCAGGCAAUGUCCACCAUCACCCAGACGGUCGGACGGAAAACCGGACAAACAGUUAGCGUUCACUUUACUGGUUCCACCCAACAGGAAACAAUUAUAACGGGAGAUGUUGUUCAGACUCCAGGGCUCCCCGGGUUUGGUAACGAUGACGAUGUGAAUACGAUUUUGUCCAACUUAUUACAGAGUGGGAAAAUCAGUGACAUCGAAUAUCAGUCCAUUAGAAAUGCACAUACGACCUCCUCUGAUUUUGGGUUGAAGACCAUUUCAGAUGUUUUGAAAGACAGAGUCACUCUGAGUUCUGAGCAGCUUAUCAUCAUAGGAAUGGUUGAUAAGAUGUCAUAUCAUGUUGACAAAGGGUACAUCAAAGUGGUGUUGUCCGCACUUGACAGAUCAUAUAACGACGCUGUAGGCAGUAUCGUGAACAUCAUUUAUAAACGGGCAUUUACUGUCCAGACCUUUACAAUUAUGCAGCAACUGACAACCAAGGGCGUGAUAACAGCGGAACAGGGACAAACUCUAGCAUCGUCCUUGCAACAAGAGCCAAGCAGGGCGCUUAAAAAUGUUCUACGUCUCGUUGGAGCUGAGAAUUCGGUACUCGACAACGUUGACGUAUUUUCGCGCCAGGUUCACGUGCGUGACGUUAGAGAUGUAUUACGUGCCUUCACCAUAUCUAGGGAAAGCGCACAUACCAAAGCUCUCAUGGUUAUGCAGGAGAAGGCAACUACUCUCUUCCAGAUCCAAUCCUUGGCAAAUAGCCUAGCAACUCAGGGCGUGUUAAGUCCUCAGCAGUCUCAACAAAUCAGACAGUCGCUAGCUUUUCGCACUGGACAGACAAUUCAGGCUAUCACGGACGUGAUUAUGGAAAAGGCAGACAUGUCGUCAGUGGACAAGCAGCAGCUUCUUCUGGGUGUUGCGUUUGCCAAAUACAGCCUAGAUACAACAGACUUGUUACCAGCGUUACAAGCCCUUGCAGAAUCACCAACAAACGCUGUUACCAAGCUCAAGCAACUUGUACAGGAAUCCACCUCCAAGAUGGCCACUACUGUAUCAACGGUAGAUUUCGCCAGUGGUUACUUCAGUGGAACAGGGGACAACACACUUGCUCUCAUAAUCGCUGCCUUACAAAACGCCGUAAAGGAACAAGAAAAGGACAGUGACAGGCAGAAGCUGAUUGGGGUACUCACCGCUCUCAAUACAGGAGGGACAUCUUCAGAGUCAAGUUCUGUUCUCCAGGCAUUGGGGGUAGCCGGAACCGCCACAGGAGGUACGAAGGGGGACAGGAUGGAUGUGUUACUGCAGGGUCUGUCCGGAGUGGAGCAGGCAAGUAGUGCGGAGUCAGUGGCAGCUGCCGCCGCUGCUGUGGACAAAGCGGCCGAGGGAAUCCACUCGGACCUGGGGAGCGAGGAUAGGGACCAAGUGAUCGAGGUCAUGUCGAAGGCCCUGGUCGUCCUGAAUGGGGCGGCGGGGAAGGUGAAGGGUACGUCCGCUGAAGACGCUCUCCAACACGCCAUCCAAACGAUCGAUGAAGCCCGCGAGGACGCCAUUAAACAGAGCGCAGUGCAGGAGCUCUCCGUUGCCGUGAACUCCCUGGGAUCGGCGGUGGACAACAUUCAGGACGCCUUAGAGGCUGUGAUCCAGGGCCAUGACGCGGCAGAGGAGAAGCCUGUAGCCGUCCCACAGAUCGUGGUGGAGACCACUACAGAGAGUCUGGUGGAGUCAGUCCUCGACUCCAUCUUGUCACAUCCGAAGUCAUCCUAAACCUCGCCAAUAUCCUGCUUAAUUAUGACAUCUGCCGUUAGUUCUCACUAAACCUACGUUACUACAGCUAUUGGAAGGUGUAUAUAGUGUGGCAUAAAAUAACUGAUGUGAUAUCGUCAUGUUAUAUAAAAUGCGCUCUAGUUUGCGGACUAGUUUAGUGCAGAAGCUGUAAUGUACAUUUGUGAACGGUGUGAAAAAGGCAGCUGAAAGGUCGUGUAGAAACUUAGAUGUAAGUUUAAUGCGAUAGAAUUCAAAUUAAUUCAAUAUGAUUAAAUUACUGACCUGCACAUGCGAACUUGGAAUGAUGAACGUGCUAAUACGCCCAUGUGUUUGAUAUGCUUGAAUCUGUUUUUGUGUAUCCUAUACAAAGGUGACAGUGACACUGAAUUUCACUUCGUUCAGUUACGUACAUGUAACUUGUGGAAGUUAGACCAUAAGUCACACACCUGACGUCCAAUUUUAAUUCGUCAGUCUGCAUAUGGUGCCUACGAUUUUCAAAAUCAGUACUAAUUUUGAUAAAAGUACAAAUACGCCACGAUAUACGUAUAUACUGUCAGGACAUAUCACUAAAUUAAUACGUUAUAGUAAAUCGGUAAUUAUACCAAGCAAACAUUGCUUGCUUAGCCUUCACAACAGGUGUUUGUGUGAACUGCAAUAUGGAUACAGUACCUUUCUUAUGGUGCGUUGGUAACAAAAACGCUAACUCAUUUGACAUACCCGAAACGGGUGAAAGUUGCGCAGACAGUAGUUUUACUAUAGAGCGCUAGUUUACCUUUAUCCGUGGGGUAACCUUUGUCCGUUGUAUCUAAAGACAGGGUAUAUAUUUGGGGAUAUUGGGUAGACGGACGUUUACUUUAAACUGCAAUGUUUUAAAAAUACCGCAAUGCGAAACCACCGACUUACGACCUGACAUCUCUAAAAUACAGCGGAUAUAAGUUACCCCACAGAUAAAGGUGCACUAGCGCUACACAGGCCCUGUGGGUUGUUUAAAAUUACAUCAAGUGCACAGGAAUAAAGGUCAUAUGAUGGGAA